ACGUGCGCAGUCUUUCACUCAGGCAAGGGGACGAGACAAAUCAGUGUUGUAGUUCUACACGCGAGCGUUUGUGUGACUUUAAUAUGUGUUUAAAUUAAAACUUUACACAGUGGGAACAUGGUUUUAGGGCUUAUAUGUAGGGGUUUGUCCCGACAGACCGUCGCGUCAAGCGUCUUGUCGGGGAAACAUCACCAUGCAGUCACCCUGAGUCCGUGGAUUGCUUCAGUGAUGACACUGAAGACAUCUGCUCCACUCAGAGGGGAGCCCAAAAAGAAGAAGAAAGUUGACCCCAGAAGAGAACUGCUAAUGAGAGAGCGACUGAAAAAAAAGCUGAAGAGAAUGGAGAAGAUUCCACCAGAAUACAUCCCUAUAGAGGAUUUUGUCACUCCAUUCAAAUGCUUAGAUGAUACAAGGGUGCGCUCAUCACCAAGGCUGUCAUUUGAAGAAAGUGAGGGUCGAGCCAUGCUGCUGAAGGAGUGGAGUCAAUACAAACAGAAGCAGGAUUUGGCUGAAGUGCAGGCUGUUGAACUUGCACUGGAAGCCCAGAGAGAAGCAUUGGAGGAGCUCAAGUUGGAGUCAGAAGAGCUGUACCUGGCAGCACUGAAGCCAGACCCACUUCUGUUUCCCUUCAGUCAUAAAGGUCCUGUCUACACACCACCAAAGACCAAGUAUGAUGCACCAGAGGGGAAAUACAAUGACAUCACUAAAGUUUACACUCAGUGAUGCUCAGAAAACAGCAUGUGGGUGUUAGUGUGUGUUCUUGUUUGUACAGGUUUCAUGAAGUCCACUGUUUUCACAUGUAUGUAUCAAAUCACAUCAAUCAUGGAAGCAGAACAUUAUAUUUUUCCCAUUUCCACGUUUCCUUAUGAAACACAAAGUUGAAAAUAAAGCUUAAUUUUUUUGUAUUUA